CACCGAUGUAACCAGUGUCCCCAGCUUUCUGUGUGAGACGGAGGGAGAGAGACAACCUGGAAGUUUCACAACUGUAACCCGAGGUAGUGGUUGUGCUGGCAGUGACGUUGAAAGCCGCAACCCCACCAAAGCUCUCACACUCACCCUCCCACUUCAGCAUCUCGGUGUCUCCACAACCAUCCUCCAUGAAUACACAGAGGGAUCGGUAACCAUGUCGAAACAAUACCUUACCACACACACUGUGGAUAAUGCCCACAUAACCGACAUCUUUUCGCUCGCCGCAACUCCCACUGCCAUCCUCUCCGCAAGCGGCUCAUCGACAAUAUACGUACACGCAACGAACCAGGACUCCUUUUCACUCAUCCAAUCCCUCUCCGGUGCGCACAAGCUUGGCUGCCAUCACCUCGCAGUCUCACGUAACGGCAAGAUCGCGGCAUCUGUCGGCUUUGCUGGUGACGUCAAGAUAUGGAAGGUUUCGGAGUCGGGAUCUGGCGAAUGGGAGUCCUUUGGCGAUAUCGACGCAGCCAAGGCCUCGGAAAGGGGUAAAGGCGGCGCUGGGGAGCUCUGGGGAAUUGCGCUGAGUGAAGAUGGCCAGUACCUGGCUUCGACGACCUACGACGGACGCAUCAAUGUAUGGGACCUUCUCGGUGACCGCGGAGCGACGCUCCGCGAGUACGAGACAGGCAGUGCAGGCUCGGGAAGCUUUGGGUUGUGUGUUGAUCUAAGUAGGGAUGGAAAGUACACGGCUAGUGGUCAUCAGAGCGGCGCAGUCUAUGUGUUUAACAAUGAUACGGGGCGCCUACAAUAUUCUCUACCUGGACUUGUCAAGCCUGUCCGCGCUGUCGCGUUCUCUCCCGCUGGCACGCGAUUAGCUGCCGCUGGAGAUUCAGGCAUUAUCGCUAUCUACGAUACAAAGCAUGGCGAGCAUGUAGGAAAUUUGACCGGGCAUACCGCAUGGAUCACUUCCCUUGACUGGAAUGACACGGGCGAGUAUCUCCUCAGUGGCUCUUUCGACGGCAAAGCAAAGGUGUGGUCAAUUGAGAGAUCUGCGUGUGUGGCGACCCACAGCGAAACAGACAAGGCGCUCUGGGCAGUACGGUGGCUGCCUAAAACAGUUCGUAAUGAGAUGUUUUGUACUGCGGGUGCCAAUCGAAGCUUAACGUUUUACCGAGAAGCCACUGGUGCUUGAGCGGCUAGCAACGAAAUGCGACGAGAAAAAUGACAAUGAUGGUGCUAAGUUAGCCUUUCAGAAACUGCGUGGUGCAUCAUGGCGUUAACGAGAAAGGACACGGGAAAAUGGUUUUACGGGUAGAUUAGGGUUGAGAUUACUGAUCGUAAACCAGCAGGCUCUAGAGGUUUGCUAUAACGUCACAGCACGUCGAAUGCUUGUGAUCGAUGAUAAAGAAACAAAAACAAGAAAUAAACACAAACUAGUUACAAUUA